UCAAUGAAAACAUUCCAGACACAAGAAUUUUCCGUGUGAUUAUACAACCAAAGUUAAAGUAUGUUCACCGGGACAAAAUUGAUAAUUAUUUGUCAAAGGAUCUAAACAAUGUCAUUUACGAGCUUCGAAAUACCUUUGAAAAAAGUUCAUACUACUCCAUUUAUAAUCGGAUAUUUUUUGUGGAUUCAUUCAAUUCAUUUGGGUUUGUUGAUAGUUAUAAUUUCUUUUUAAAUAAUUUGUAUUGAUAUAAAAAUGUUUUUUUAGAGGACUUUUGAAUGAGGAACGAGUUCAUUCUUAUGAUAAGACUGGAGUUCGUCAAAAUUUCUACAUUAUACUCUUUCCAGAUUUUCCUAAAACAAAUGUAAAUGUUGAAAUCGAGGGAAUGAUUGAAAUAUGUUUCAGAGAACACAUCAUAAAUGUCAAUAUUCUAGUUGAUGAUGUCAAUUCUUCUACUACAAUUUACUCCUAUUAUCCUUUUAACCAAGAAAGAUGCAAAGAUACCACUCCAAUAGUUUACGAUCGAUAUAAAAAUGGAGUUUUCGAACGAAACACUUCUUCGUUUCCAAAAAAAUUAAGCAACCUUUGGAUGUGUCCUUUGGAAAUGGUCGUAUGGGAAAUACCAGGCUUUCUUUCUAUAGACAACCAAAAUGAGAUAUCCGGAAUUGAAGUGCGUUAUUUAGAAACCUUAGCAGAUAUUAUGAAUUUUACACUGAAAGCGGUUUUUUCACCAAAAGCUAGAGGAACAGUUUUUGAGAAUGGAACUAUUACUGGUGCUUUUAAACUUAUCAAUGAUGGUAUUGGUGACGUAAUGGCUGGAGUAACAUUAUGUUUGGAAUUGAGAACAAGACAUUUCGCUUGUUCGAAUGAAUACAAACGAACUUAUUUUGUAGUACUUCUUAAACGCUCGAAAACGUAUCAUAAUCUUGAGACAUUGUUAUUACCAUUUGAUAAGACUUCUUGGUUAUUGAUUUUAUUAUUUUUCAUUGGAAAAUGGAUUUUGCGAAACAUUUCCGAACACAAUUCUUCUAUAAAUUUUGGAGAAAUGUCAAAGAGAAUUGGUAUUUUUGUAUGGAUUUUUUCCAUUUUGAUUAUUCGAAGUUCUUAUGAAGGUUCAGUUUUUAAGUUUAUGCACAAUCGUCCGAGAAAACAUUUACCACAAAGUUUUGAAGAAGCAAAUAAAAGUGGUUAUACAUUUUUUUGUGAAUCUAUUAACUACGGAUUGAUACAGGACUUUACUAAUCUUUCGAAUAAUUUAAAACCCCUAGAUUUAUCUCCUUUGCAAUUUUUAGAAGAAUUUCUUAAAUUUGAUAAAGAUGAAAAAUAUGCAGCUAUAAUUGAAGAAAUGACAUUGGGUAUAUAUAAUCAAGACUAUACAAAAUUAGAACGUUUUUAUAUGAUUAAAAAGCCCAUAUUACAAUACCCUUUAUGUCUUUAUAUGCCAAAAUUUUCAUUUUUAACAGAAGAAUUUAAUAAGCAUAUUGAAAAUUUAAAUGCAAAUGGAUUGACAAAAGAGCGGUAUCAUAUUGUGGUGAAUGAUGAAUUGAAAAGAAAUAGUUCGAAAAUUAAACCAGUUAAAGUGAAAUAUCUUAAAGGUACUUUUGGAUUUCUUCAGACAUUUUUAGGGAUAAGUUUUGGUAUUUUUAUAUUGGAAGUGUUUUCACGGAGGAUAUGUUUGUUUUCAAAAAUUGUAUUUAAAAAUAUUGUUGGUAGAUUGAGUAGAAAAAAGAGGAUAGGAACGGUGCUGUAAUAAUUAGUUGUCAAUUAAAAUUUUAUCCUUGCUUAUUCUUAUGUAUUUUUCAAUGUUUUAUUAUCU